AUGGAAGUGUCCUCGGUCAGCGUCCCGGGCUCGAGCCUCGGCGGCGCCACCAACGGCAACGGCGCCUCCAUCCCGGCCCCCUCGUCGCCCACACCGACGCCGACGCCCUUCCCGACCAUCGAGCCCGAACGCGUGGUUGACCACCUCGCCGCCAUCUGCGAGAUUGCCCUGGGCGCAUCGCGGGCGGAUCUCGAGCUUCCCGGCAACCUGCUGCACAAGGCGUCGUACGGCGAGACCAUUUCGCGGUGCACGCGCUUCGCCAACGAUACCCUCAAUGUUUUGUAUAUCCAGAAAGACGUGGUGCAGGCCGGGGCGCUGGAGAAUGGCGCUGAGAAUGGAGAGUCGAUUGAGCAUCCUAGCAUUGAUGCUGCUGCCCCCACUACCUACGACUAUACUCUCUCGACCGAAAUCACCUCUACUCCCACCACCGUCGCUACUUUGAUUUUGCUCAAGGCAUCGCAAGCGAUUGAUUCUUCUCGACCUCUUACCUCGCAGAUAUUCAUUACUAAUUUACCUGGUCCCGCCUCCCUUAAUGCCGCCUCGGGAGAGCAGGGCGUUGCGCUCUCCCCAUGGGAGGUGCUUCACUCUCAAGUGCACCAUGCCUUGGUGCCGUACUUUGAUGCAAACAGCAAGAGCCAGCUGCUGGCCAACGGGUCAAGGGGCCGAGAUGUCGAUGCCAAGACGGGCAUCCCCGUCACCAAGAAGCGAUUGAACGACCUGGAGCUCAGUCUGCUUCAUCUGCAGCAGAACGUCGACAUUCCCGAAAUCUCCUUGACCUUCCACUCGCUUAUCCAGAAUGUCCUCGAUGAUGCCCAAGUCACGGAGACGAAGCCUUCCAUGGAGGCUAUUCCAAAAACCCUUCUCCAGGACAGCAGCUUCCUCAACAAGCUGCAAGCAAACGUCAAUACCUGGAUCAAGUCUAUCCAAGGCAUCACCAAGCUGACCAAGGAAACCUCUUCGAAUGCCGUCCAAGAGUUUAGCACGGCCAGCCAAGAAGUCAACUUUUGGUUGUCCAUGGAGUCUGCGUUGGAGGGAAUCGAGGACCAGCUUAGGAGCGAAGGUGUCCUCUUGACCCUCGACGUUUUGAAGCAUGCGAAGCGUUUCCAGGCCACUGUCAGUUUUGUAGCUGAUACGGGCCUGAAGGAAGCCAAAGAAAAGGCGCAAAAGUACAAUCAGCUCAUGCGUGACUUUCCGCUCGACGAGCUGCUGUCUGCCCCGUCUCUGCUCAAGGUCGAGGAGGCCAUUACUCAGAUCUUUGCCCAUCUGAUGAAGAAGCUGAGAGUGUGCCCAUAUCCCAUCAGAAGAGCGUUGAGCUUGGCUCAAGCCAUUUCAGCGGAUUUGAAUGACGUGCUUCUUCGUCUCCUUCCCGGCGUUGAGCUCGUCAACCUGGGCUACCCAGAGUUUCAGAAUGUCAUGCGCACGUGCGACAGCAUCUUCGCCGCUUGGGAAGACAACAUCAAAGAGUUUACGCACCUGGCCCGUAUGCUCAUUAUUCGCAGAAACGAGAAGCGAAUUCCCAUUAACGUGGAGAAGAAUCACUCCGAGCUGGAGUCGCGAAUCAAGUAUGUCAGCGCAUUCCGAGACAACCACGAACAGCUGCAGAGGACCAUUGUCAACGUCUUGGGACCCAAGGCCAUCAUCCCAGGUGUUGUUACGGAUGUCUCCUCUUCCUCCCCGGCUACUGCCGGCGCUGUUAUUGAGGAGAUGGGCGACGUAGAUGCUGUGGAGGAAGUCAAGCGAGCUUGGGAGGCUCUGCAGAAUGUUGACCUCCUGGAUGUGACAGACCAAGGAAAAGAGCGGUGGGCUCAAGCCGAGAAUCUUUACAAUGAACGCACAACACGAGUUGAAAACUCCAUCAUUGCCAGAUUACGAGACCGUCUGGCCACGGCCAAGACUGCCAAUGAAAUGUUCCGAGUCUUUUCAAAGUUCAACGCCCUGUUUGUGCGCCCCAAGAUCCGUGGUGCUAUUCAAGAGUAUCAAAACCAGUUGAUGGACCAUGUGAAGCAGGCUAUCAAUGGCUUGCACGAGAGGUUCAAACAGCAGUAUGGCCAUUCCGAGUCCCAUGCUAUGGCGCAGCUCCGCGAUCUUCCCCCUGUCUCGGGUGCCAUUAUCUGGGCUCGCCAGAUUGAGCUUCAGCUGGACGGAUAUAUGAAGAAGGUCGAGGCUGUGCUUGGACCUGACUGGACUCUGCAUGCUGAAGGCCACAAGCUCCGAGAAGAGAGCGAGCUUUUCAAGAAUAAACUAGACACCGGAAGGAUUUACGACGCGUGGUUGGCUGAUGCCAAUCGACGCAAAAUCUCCAUUGCUGGUCAGCUUUUCAACAUCAACCGAGUGAGAUCUGCAGGCGGCAUUCUCGAACUCAAUGUCAACUUUGAUCCCCAGAUCAUUACUUUGUUCAAGGAGACCCGGAACCUGACCUGGCAGUCUUACCUUGUCCCCCAUGCAGUUACUACAGUAUCCAAGGACGCGAAGAGGGUAUAUCCCUAUGCUGUUAGCUUGAUGGAGGGCGUUCGAACUUUGUCCCAGACGCUGCGACAGGUAUCUGAAAUGGGAGAAGAGGCCAUUCUUCUCAACGGAUACAAGAAUGAGGUUUACAAGCUUAUUGCUGACGGUGUCCCUCUGAGGUGGGAGUCCUUUGUCAACUCGCACGAGCUCUUCUAUGCCGAUCAGAGACAGAUUCGGCCCCUGCUUCCUGGAACAACUGGCUUUAGCGCGGCCAAAAACGCCGAGAGCAAGCAUGGCAUGUUCAUCUGGGGCUUCGCCGCCGCCGUCUCGGUGCUUCAAUCAAAGACGGCUACACUUAGCUCUAUUUACGCCACCAUUGAGCAAGCUCUGAAAGACCUCGGCACUUGUCCUUACGAUGCUGCGGCUUUCCAGGCCCAUCUCGACACCAUCCAAGCUGCUGUUGAUCAGCUCAACUUGGAACAGUAUGCGAACCUGGACUUUUGGGUACGUGGUGUAAACCACAAAGUCCAGACUAUCCUGCUUGAGCGUCUCUCCACUGCGGUUCAGGCCUGGAUCGCUGCCUUUGAGGAAGAUGUUCCGGCGGAUGACAGACGUAAACUGUCCAAGGAGGACGAAAAGGAUGGACCGACCAUGAAGCGACUUAUUUUGGAAAUUACCAUGCGCAAUCAAGUCAUCUAUCUUGAUCCCCCGUUGGAAUACGCCAGGGCAAGCUGGUUUCUCCACCUUCAUGACUGGCUGGGCAUUGUCUGUAACCUGCGCAAGAUCAAGGCUACGCGAUACCAGAUGAGCCUCAGCACUGAGACUAACGAGGAAGCCCGCUUUACCGAUCUGCCUUCUCACUGCGCAGAUAUGCUUCACAACGUCUAUGUGUCUGUCGAGAAGAAGCUAAGAGAAGUGAGCAUCUACGUGGACAAGUGGCUCCAGUUCCAGUCCCUCUGGGAUCUUCAGUCUGACCAGGUCUACGACAUGCUUGGUGACCAUCUUCCUAGGUGGCUAGAGUGUCUCCAGGACAUCAGAAAAGUGCGAACCACUUUUGAUACGCAAGAAGUCAGCCGCUCGUUUGGUCACAUCACAAUCGACUAUGACCAAGUUCAGACAAAGGUCAAUGCCAAAUAUGACCAGUGGCAGCAAGAGAUUCUGAUGAAGUUUGCCAACCGACUGGGCAACCGAAUGCGUGAUAUCAAUGCCGACAUUGAAAAGGCGCGAAAGAAUCUUGAAGGCCAGAGCUCAGACACAUCAUCUACUGCGGCGGCUGUCCAGUUCAUCACGGCCGUGCAGAGCUGUCGGCGCAAUGCGAAGCUGUGGGCGCCCGAGAUUGACAUGUUCCGCCAGGGACAGUCUACCUUGGUGAGGCAGCGCUACCCGUUCCCCAAUGACUGGCUUCACAUUGAACAGAUUGAGAGCCAAUGGGAAGCCCUCAAGGAGAUUUUGGAGAAGAAGUCCAAGAUUAUGGAGGAACAGUCUGAUGCAAUGCGAGCAAACAUCAUUGCUCAGGAUAAGCUAAUCAACGAGCGUAUCACAGAGGUUGUUGGCCAGUGGAACGAGGAGAAACCUGUUUCGGGAACCAUCCAGCCCGAUGUCGCCUCUGCUACGCUGACGACUUUUGAAACUCGCAUUACGGCCCUGCAGGAGGAAUUCCAGCAGGUCAUGAAGGCAAGAGAGGCUCUCGACAUUCCCGGCAAUAAUGACAGCAUCUUGGAGGUUACUUUGGAGGAAGUUCGCGAUUUCCGAUCCGUCUGGUCCAACCUUUCCACCAUUUGGACCAGUCUCAAUGAGACUCGAGACAUGCUGUGGACUGCUGUUCAGCCAAGAAAGAUUCGCCAAAAGGUGGACGACUUGAUCAAGAGCACAAAGGAUAUGCCAAGUAGAAUGAGGCAGUAUGCCGCUUUUGAACACGUCCAAGGCGUUUUGCGUGGAUUCCUCAAGGUCAACAACAUCUUGUCUGACCUAAAGUCCGAUGCCAUUCGUGAGCGUCACUGGCACAAGAUUUACAAGCAAAUCAAACCUCAGAAGCGCUUUUCACCUAGCUCCAUGACCCUCGGCGAUGUUUGGGACCUUAACCUCACCGCCACCGAAAUCAUCGUCAAGGACAUCAUUGCCCAGGCCCAGGGUGAGAUGGCUCUUGAAGAGUUCCUCAAACAAGUUCGUGAAACUUGGCAGAAUUACGCUCUCGAGAUGGUCAACUAUCAGAAUAAGUGUAGGCUCAUCCGAGGUUGGGACGACCUGUUCGCCAAGUGCAGUGAGAAUUUGAACUCUCUCCAGGCUAUGAAGCACUCGCCUUACUACAAAGAAUUCGAAGAAGACGCGGUGGCUUGGGAAGACAAGCUGAACCGUGUUCAUGUGCUAUUUGAUGUCUGGAUUGAUGUGCAGCGCCAGUGGGUUUACCUCGAGGGCGUCUUCACUGGAAAUGCUGAUAUCAAGCACCUCCUCCCCAUCGAAUCCGGCCGUUUCCAGAACAUUAACAGCGAAUUUUUGGCCGUCAUGAAGAAGGCCAACAAGACGCCUUACGUCCUCGAUGUGCUCAACAUCCCCAAUGCCCAAAAAUCCUUGGAGCGUUUGGCGGAAAUGUUGAACAAGAUCCAAAAGGCCCUAGGUGAAUAUCUGGAGAAGGAGCGUGUCUCUUUCCCUAGAUUCUACUUUGUUGGUGACGAAGAUUUGUUGGAGAUGAUUGGUAACAGCAACGAUACACUGCGUAUUGCCAAGCACUUCAAGAAGAUGUUUGCUGGAUUGGCAGGCCUCAUCAUGGAUGACGAAGGAGUCAUCUCCGGCUUCACUUCGAAAGAAGACGAGACUGUCAUGCUAAAUAAAGAGAUUUCUGUGCAAAAGACGCCCAGGAUCAACGACUGGCUUGCCCUGCUGGAGAGUGGAAUGAAGCAGACGCUUGCAGAGCUGCUGUCCAAGGCCGUUGAGGAAUACACUCCUAUUUUCGAAUCUGAAAAUAUUGACCGGGAAGCUCUCGUUACGUUUAUGGACGCAUUCCCUAGUCAAAUCGUUGUCCUUGCUACUCAGGCUGCCUGGACAACGGCCGUUGAUGCAUCACUUACUGCUGGCGGCCAAACACUGCAAACCCUUUUCGAGCGGGAAGUGCAAGUUCUUCGUGUCCUCGCAGAGACUGUUUUGGGAGAUCUCGAGAUUCUUCAACGCAAAAAGUGCGAACAGCUCAUUACGGAAUGCGUUCACCAGCGAGAUGUGAUUGAGAAGCUGGUCAAUACCAAGGCUGAUUCGCCCAGCCACCACCUCUGGCAACUUCAGAUGCGCUAUGUCUAUACCCCGGAUGGGCCCUUCCUUAACCGCUUGUACAUCAAGAUGGCCAAUGCCAAGCUCAACUACGGCUUCGAGUACCUCGGUGUUCCCGAUCGUCUCGUUCGGACUCCCCUUACUGACCGCUGUUUUCUCACGCUUACUCAAGCCCUCUGCCAACGUCUUGGAGGUUCGCCAUACGGUCCUGCCGGUACAGGAAAGACGGAAUCCGUCAAGGCUUUGGGUGUCCAGCUCGGAAGAUUUACGCUUGUCUUCUGUUGUGACGACACCUUUGACUUCCAGGCCAUGGGCCGUAUUUUCUUGGGUAUUUGCCAAGUUGGUGCUUGGGGCUGUUUCGACGAGUUUAACCGUCUCGAAGAGAGGAUCUUGUCUGCUGUUUCGCAGCAGAUUCAAAACAUCCAGCUCGGUCUGAAGCAGGGAGCCGAGAACGACAAGUCGCAGAUUGAGUUGGUUGGCCGACAGCUUCGCGUCAAUGAGAACACGGGCAUCUUCAUCACCAUGAACCCCGGUUAUGCUGGUCGUUCCAACCUGCCUGACAACUUGAAGAAGCUCUUCCGAAGUGUUGCCAUGUCCAAGCCCGACAAGGAGCUCAUUGCCGAAGUCAUGCUGUACUCGCAAGGCUUUGGCCAGGCUAAGCGCCUGUCGAAGCAGACGGUUCCUUUCUUCGACAAGUGUUCAAAGGAGCUGUCGAAGCAAGCUCACUACGAUUUCGGUCUUCGUGCGUUGAAGAGUGUUUUGGUCAGCUCUGGUGGCCUCAAGCGCUCUCGUUUGAGCAAUGGCGAUCUUGGCGUUGAAGAGAUUGUCGAGCCUGAAAUUCUCGUGCAGAGUAUUCGUGAGACAAUUGCGCCCAAGUUGAUCAAGUCAGAUGUCGACAUCAUGAUCAACAUUGAAGAAGACUGCUUCCCUGGUGUUCAAUAUGUGCCUGCUAAUCUUGUUGAUCUCGAGGCGGCCAUCCGUACACUUGCCGCUGAGCGCCAUCUCGUCGUCACUGAUCUGUGGAUGACCAAGGUCCUCCAACUGUACCAGAUUCAAAAGAUUCACCAUGGUGUUAUGAUGGUUGGUAAUUCUGGUACCGGAAAGUCUGCUGCUUGGAGGCUCUUGCUUGAUGCUCUACAAAAGGUUGAAAAUGUCGAAGGUGUUUCGCACGUCAUUGACUCCAAGGUCAUGUCCAAGGAGGCCCUUUACGGUAACUUGGAUUCGACCACGCGAGAGUGGACAGAUGGUCUCUUCACUAGCAUUCUCCGUAAAAUCGUGGACAACCUUCGUGGCGAAGACUCAAAGAGGCACUGGAUUGUCUUUGACGGAGAUGUUGACCCUGAGUGGGUUGAAAACUUGAACAGUGUGCUCGACGACAACAAGUUGCUGACCUUGCCCAACGGAGAGCGUCUCAACUUGCCGCCCAAUGUCCGCAUCAUGUUUGAAGUCGAGACGUUGAAGUAUGCAACUCUCGCCACUGUUAGUCGAUGUGGUAUGGUUUGGUUUAGCGAGGAUACCGUUUCGCCGAACAUGAUGGUUACCAACUACAUCGAGACUCUCCGCAGCGUGCCCUUUGAGGACUUGGAUGAGGAUAGUGUUGCCACAGGCCAAAGCCCGGCCAAGACGUUGGCUGUACAGGCCCAAGUUGCUGACAUGCUUAAUGGCUACUUGACUGAAGAAGAUUUUGUCAACCAGGCUCUGGAGCGUGCUCAGCAAUACAACCACAUCAUGGAGUUUACCGUCGCGCGUGUCCUCAAUACUUUGUUCUCACUAUUGAACAAGGCUUGCCGAGACAUUAUUGAAUACAACGGACAGCACGCCGACUUUGCUCUCGAGUAUGACCAAAUUGAGGGCUUCAUGGCAAAGAAGCUGCUCCUUGCGCUGGUUUGGGCGCUUACGGGAGACUGCCCACUCGGUGAUCGAAAGCUAUUCGGUGACGACAUCUGCGCCUUUGCCAACUUUGGUUCGCCGCCUCUGGACGGCACGAGCUCGCUUAUUGACUUUGACGUACUAUUGCCACAGGCUGAGUGGACGCCAUGGCAAAACCAGGUGCCUACCAUUGAGGUCAACACACACUCCAUCAUUCAAACCGACGUGGUUAUCCCGACUUUGGAUACCGUGCGUCAUGAAGAUGUUCUCUACUCUUGGCUGGCUGAGCAUAAGCCGUUGCUGCUGUGCGGUCCUCCCGGUUCCGGUAAAACAAUGACGCUUUUCAGUGCCCUUCGCAAGCUGCCAAACAUGGAGGUUGUUGGUCUCAACUUUUCCAGCGCUACGACGCCUGAUCUGCUGAUCAAGACAUUUGAACAAUACUGCGAGUACAAGAAGACACUCAACGGUGUUAUGCUGUCUCCUACCCAGAUUGGUCGCUGGCUGGUCAUCUUUUGCGAUGAAAUCAAUCUUCCGGCCCCUGACAAGUAUGGCACUCAACGAGCCAUCUCAUUCUUGCGUCAACUUGUUGAGCACAACGGCUUCUGGCGUACUUCUGACAAGUCAUGGGUUACUCUUGACCGUAUCCAGUUUGUUGGAGCUUGUAACCCGCCUACCGAUGCCGGACGUACACCCAUGGGUGCCCGAUUCCUUCGCCAUGCUCCUCUUGUCAUGGUGGAUUACCCAGGCGAGCUCUCUCUCAACCAGAUUUACGGCACAUUCAAUGCAGCUGUGCUCAAGAUUAUUCCCUCAUUGCGUGGUUACGCCGAAUCGGUCACACAUGCCAUGGUCCGCUUCUACUUGGAAUCUCAGCAGAGAUUCACGCCCAAGAUUCAGCCUCAUUACGUGUACAGUCCUCGUGAGCUUACUCGUUGGGUUCGCGGUGUGUAUGAGGCGAUUAAGCCCCUUGAGGCGUUAUCACUGGAAGGCCUCAUCCGCAUCUGGGCUCAUGAGGCUCUUCGACUCUUCCAGGAUCGUCUUGUGAACGAGGAGGAGCGCAACUGGACGGAAGAGGCUGUUCAUCGCAUUGCUCUUGAAUACUUCCCCACCAUGGACGAAGAAAAGGCGCUUGGCGGUCCCAUCCUGUACUCUAACUGGCUGUCCAAGAACUAUGUUCCUGUUGAUCGAGAGCAGCUCAGAGACUUUGUGUCUGCUCGACUCAAGACGUUCUGCGAAGAAGAAGUCGACGUCCCGCUUAUUCUCUUCAACGAUGUGUUGGAGCAUGUCUUGCGAAUUGAUCGUGUCUUCCGACAGCCACAGGGUCACUUGAUUCUCAUUGGUGUCAGUGGCUCUGGAAAGACUACGCUGUCGCGAUUUGUGGCCUGGAUGAACGGUCUCAAGGUGUUCCAGAUCAAGGUCCACGGCAAAUACUCUGGAGAAGACUUUGACGAGGACUUGCGUGAUGUGCUACGGCGAUGUGGUUGCAAGGGCGAGAAGAUUUGUUUCAUCAUGGACGAGGCCAACGUCUUGGACUCUGGAUUCUUGGAACGUAUGAAUACCCUGCUUGCCAACGCCGAGGUACCCGGUCUCUUUGAGGGAGAUGAGUACGUUGCCUUGAUGACGGCUUGCAAGGAAGGUGCUCAGCGACAGAACUUGCACCUGGACUCGCCAGAGGAGCUGUACAAGUGGUUUACUCAGCAGAUUGUCAAUAACCUGCACGUCGUCUUUACCAUGAACCCGCCCGAAGGGGGUCUUGGAGGAAAGGCCGCCACCAGUCCGGCCUUGUUCAACAGAUGUGUGCUGAACUGGUUUGGAGAUUGGUCGGACCAGGCGUUGUUCCAGGUUGGCCACGAACUCACGCACUCUAUCGAUCUGGACAAGAGCAAUUUCAACGCCCCUGAUACAAUCCCAGUGGCUUACCGCGGCUUGCAGCUACCACCGUCACAUCGUGAGACGGUCGUCAACUCGAUGGUGUAUAUCCAUCACUCAUUGCACCAGUACAACCAGAAGCUUCUGAAGCAGCAAAACAAGCUCACCUUUUUGACUCCACGUCACUACUUGGACUUUGUUACGCAGUACGUCAAGCUGUACAACGAAAAACGAGAGGAUCUGGAGGAGCAGCAGAGACAUUUGAAUGUUGGUCUUGAGAAACUGAGAGACACUGUAGACAAGGUUCGCGAUUUGCGUACCAGUCUUGCAGAGAAGAAGUCACAGCUUGAACAGAAAGACGCAGAGGCAAACGAGAAGCUGCAGCGAAUGGUUGCAGAUCAGCGAGAGGCGGAGCAGAGGAAGACUACCUCUUUGGAGAUCCAGACGGCAUUGGAGAAGCAGGAGGCAGAGGUGGCAAUGCGGAAGAAGGUUGUGCUGGAGGACCUGGCAAAGGCAGAACCAGCAGUUGAGGAGGCCAAGGCAAGCGUCAGCAGCAUUAAGCGACAGCAUUUGGUCGAAGUGCGAGGCAUGUCGAGCCCUCCUCAGAGUGUCAAGCUUGCCCUGGAUGCCGUUUGCGCCUUGCUCGGACACAAAAUCAACGAUUGGAAGGCGGUGCAAGCGGUGAUUCGAAAGGAAGACUUUAUUGCCAGCAUCAUCAUGUUUGACAAUGGAAAGAUGAUGACCAAGGGACUGAGAAACAGGAUGCGCAACGAUUUCCUGUCGAACCCAGAGUUUACUUUUGAAAAGGUCAAUCACGCUUCCAGAGCCUGUGGUCCCCUCGUCCAGUGGGUCAUUGCACAGGUCAGCUAUUCGGAAAUCUUGGACCGCGUUGGACCUCUCAGAGAGGAAGUUGCGCAGUUGGAGGAGCAGGCGCUCGAGACAAAGGCCAAUGCCAUGGCCGUGGAGAAGAACAUUGCGGAGCUUGAGGCCAGCAUCAAUACUUACAAGACCGAGUAUGCCACUCUCAUCAGUGAGACACAGGCUAUCAAGUCGGAGAUGUCAAAGGUGCAGUUCAAGGUCGAUCGAAGUGUAAGACUUCUCGACAGCUUGUCCUCUGAGAGAGGUCGUUGGGAGGAAGGAAGCAAGUCGUUUGAGACGCAGAUCAGCACGCUUGUGGGAGAUGUUCUCGUCGCUUCGGCGUUCUUGGCUUAUAGCGGUCUCUACGACCAGACGUUCCGAAAGAACAUGGUUGACGACUGGUAUCAUCAACUGGACUUGUCUGGUAUCCAGUUCAAGUCCCCCAACCCGGUGACGGAGUACCUGUCGAGCGCAGAUGAGCGACUUGGAUGGCAAGAGAACACGCUGCCGGUUGAUGACUUGUGCACGGAGAAUGCCAUUAUUCUCAAGCGCUUCAACCGAUACCCGCUCAUUAUUGAUCCUUCCGGAAGAGUCACCGAGUUCUUGCAGAAGGAGUGCAAGGACCGUCGCUUGACAGUCACCAGCUUUUUGGACGAUACUUUUACCAAACAGCUUGAGAGUUCGCUGCGAUUCGGUAACCCGAUUCUUAUCCAGGACGCUGAGCAUCUGGACCCUAUUCUCAACCACGUCUUGAACAAGGAAUACCAGCGAACUGGUGGCCGUGUCCUCAUCCAGCUCGGCAAGCAAGACAUUGACUUUUCGCCAUCGUUCAAGCUCUAUCUCUCCACUAGAGAUCCGUCGGCUACUUUUGCGCCGGACAUUUGCAGUCGUACCACGUUUGUCAACUUUACUGUUACCCAGAGCAGUCUCCAGACUCAGUCACUCAACGACGUGCUCAAGUCGGAGCGUCCUGACGUGGACGAGCGACGGUCCAAUCUCAUUAAGCUGCAAGGCGAGUUCAAGGUCCAUCUUCGACAACUCGAGAAGCAGCUGCUGCAGGCCCUCAAUGAGUCCCGCGGUAACAUUCUGGACGACGACAAGGUAAUUGAAACUCUGGAGACGCUGAAGACGGAGGCGGCAGAAAUCUCCGACAAGAUGCGCAAUACGGAAGGCGUCAUGGCCGAAGUGGAAGAGAUUACGCAGCAGUACAGCGUGAUUGCCAAGUCUUGCAGUGCUGUAUUCUCCGUCUUGGAGCAGUUGCACUACAUCAACCACUUUUACCAGUUUUCACUUCAGUACUUUUUGGACAUUUUCCAAUCGGUGCUGCGAGGCAACAAGAAUCUGGCCAAGGAGACUAAUCACAACGGUCGCCGAGAUAUUAUCGUCAAGGAUCUGUUUGUCAAUACAUUCAAGAGAACGGCACUUGGCCUGCUUCAGAAGGACCGCAUCACUCUGGCCAUGCUUCUCGCUCAAGCUUCGCCCUACAAGAUGGACAAGUCGAUGAUUGAUGUGAUCCUUGAUGACCGAAUCGCUGGCACUGAUCUUUCUUCUCACCCAGAGUCCAGGGAGGCUGCUUUCCAGGAUGCCAGGAAGCUUAGCGUACUGAAGGACAAACUUGAUGCUGUUCCAAGCAGUGAUUGGGAGGGUUUCCUUACUGAAGAGGUGGCCGAGAGCGUGGUGCCCAUGGUUUGGGAGGAAGGUACUACGGGGAUGGAUCGGGCUCUGUACUCUCUGCUGCUUGUUAAGCUUUUCCGUAUGGAUCGCUUUGUUCCCGCGGCCGAGCGCUUCGCCACGCUUGUAUUCGGCUCUGAUACCUUUGAAAUUGUGGAAGACUUGAAGGAGACGGUUAGCCAAGUUUCUGCUAGCCUCCCCAUUGCCCUGGUGUCCAGCCCUGGUUUCGAUGCCAGUUACAAGGUAGACAAUCUCGUACAGAGAUCAGGUGUCCGCUGCACCAACAUUGCCAUGGGUUCCAACGAAGGUCUGGCCAGCGCCGACAAGGCGGUCAGCAGCGCAGCAGAGACGGGAUCGUGGGUUCUCAUCAAGAACGUACACCUGGCGCCAACUUGGCUACAGAGUCUCGAGAAGCGCAUGGAGUCACUCAAUCCGCAUAGCGACUUCCGCCUGUUCCUUUCGAUGGAGUCGAGUCCCAAGAUUCCCGUCAACUUGCUUCGUGCCUCGCGCGUGCUCAUGUAUGAACAGCCGGCGGGUGUGCGAGCGAACAUGAAGGAUUCAAUGUCCUCGUUGUCGACGCGCGCGGUUAAGAGCCCUGUGGAGAGGACGAGGUUGUACCUGUUGGUUUCGUUUUUGCAUGCGGUUGUGCAGGAGAGAUUGCGAUAUGCGCCAAGCCUUGGUUGGAAGGGUUUCUGGGAGUUUAAUGAUAGCGAUUACGAAUGCUGUGCGUUCAUUGUUGAUGUUUGGAUCGAGAGCGUUGCUGGCAAUCGAACCAACAUUGCACCGCAAAACAUUCCAUGGGAGAUGCUACGCUAUCUAGUCACGGAGACGUAUGGUGGCAAGAUUGACGACGAGGACGACUUUAAACUGCUCGGACAAUUGGUUACGUCGGUCCUCACACCCGCUGCCUACGAUACAGACCACAAGCUGGUUGAGGGACCUGAUGAACUGCUCGUGCCGUCUGGCACUGGUCUACAAGACUUUAAUGCGUGGAUCCAUAAACUUCCUGAGCGCGAGCCGCCUACUUAUCUUGGCUUGCCGGCGAAUGCGGAGAAACUGCUGCUGGUUGGGCUGGGUAGGAGCUUGGUUGAGAAUUUGCGCAAGGUGACGGGGCUGUUGGAUGAGAAUGAGAGACUUGUGACGGAUUCAUGA